AUGUCAUUAUUACGUGCUGUUAGACCUUCCUUAAGAGUCGUCUCCAAGAGAAUCACACCCUUGAGCACUAUCCGUUUCAACUCCACUGUUGCUGAGAAGGCAGUGGUUGAUCCAAAGAUUGGUGCGAUCGUUGAUCAAAUUUCCACCUUGACCCUCUUGGAAACCUCAGCACUUAUCACUGAAUUAAAAGACAGAUUAAAUAUUCCAGAUAUUUCAUUCCCAGCUGCUGGUGCAGGUCAAGCAGCAGCCCCUGCAGCAGCCCCAGCUGAAGAAGAAGUGAAAGAAGAAGUUGAAGAAAAGACCAUUUUCUCCAUCAAGUUGGAAUCUUUCGAUGCCAAGUCCAAGCCAAAGAUCAUCAAGGAAGUCAAGGGAUUGUUAGGACUUUCAUUGGUCGAAUCCAAGAAAUUCGUUGAAGCUGCUCCAAAGGUUUUGAAGGACAAUGUCGCCAAGGAAGACGCUGAAAAGAUCAAGGCUACCUUGGAAGGUUUAGGAGCCAAGGUUACUUUGGAAUAG